AAUGCCCAUCCCCCCCAAGCACACCCACGUACACAGGAUGAGCUGGCUGUAAACCACACCAGGUCUAUUAAUUAAUUAAUGUGGCCCGACUGCCUGACUUGACUUCCCCCCCUAACGGGAAGCAGUAUGGCUGGAGUGCUGCGGCAUUGCGGGAUAGAAAGACAAGAGGAGGGCAGCGAACCAUCAUUGUUAGUGGACCAAAUCUACCAUUAAUCACCUGGCAGGGCGGUGGGUUGGGAGGGGGCGGCGUUGUGGUCCAGUUCUGGUAUUAUUCGGCGCCAGACAAGGGAAGAAGCAGGAGAGAGGGAAGGGGGAAGGGUGGAUGCAGGGAGAAGAGGAUGGUUGGGGAUCCACAGAUCCUCCUGCGGGGAUUCACGGGACCGCUGCUGCUGUCCCAGUGUUUGUCUUUCGUUCUGUCACAGAUACCAGACCCUGAGCUUCUACCCACAGAUCCCCCAAAGAAGCCCGACCCAGUCACAUCAGAGACAGUUGUGUUUUGGGGCCUGCGUUUAUGGCAGGUUAUUGGUAUCUUUGCUGUCUUCGUUUUAGCAGUCGUGAUCACAUUGUGUUGCAUUUUCAAAUGUCGGAUCCCAAGGACCAAAAAGGAAAUUGAGGCACGUCACGCACAAAGACAGGCCGCCAAGAAAUAUGCCAACACAUUGGAGACGGUGCCACCUCUUAACGAGCUGACAGAGGUUCCUGGAUCUGCUGCUGACACUUCCACCGUACAGACGCUCUCUGAGCAGAUCCAAAGCCAGAGUCGUAAUAACAGUGAUCUCUCCAUAGCUGGGGUCACUGAGGAGCAAUCCCCCGCACUCACUUUGCCAGAGACAACCUGAUUAUCUUCUUCUUCUUUCUUUUUUUCUCUGCGCUCUCAUCCUCCUCAUACGCUCUACUCAAACAACAGAACCUUUCUAAGAGCCCUCACCAUACAUCCGAUGUUCAUUUUGCAGUCUGCACUUGAAGUUAUCUUAACGUUUAUAGUACAUAAUGGAUCAUCAUCACUGCAUUGGAAGAGAUACGGCUAGAAAUGACAUAAAUACACACAUGCUAAUGUUAGCUUAGCCCAUUUCCUGCUUCAGUGUUGUGGGGCCUGGCUGGGCACAGCCCCCCGAAAAGGCAACAUGAGUCCCCUCUUCCAUGAGCUCACCACUCAUAGGCGGGGCGAAAGGGGUCGGCGCCGAGUGAGUUGGGUGGCAGCUGAAAGCGGGGACCAUGGCGGUCCGAUCCUCGGCGGCAGAAGCUAGCUCUAGGUACGUGGAAUGUCAACUCUCUGAUGGGGAAGGAGCCUGAGAUGGUGCGCGAGGUGGAGAAGUUCCGGCUAUAGUCGGACUCACCACAGUAAACCGAUUUAAACUCAUUUGGAAAACACAACAUCAAGAUCAAUUCUAUAAAGUAGAAGCAUAUCAAAAAUAAAUAUUUAGUGUAGUAUGGCAGUAGUGAUGUAUUCUCCGGAAUGACUGGAUAAGGUUGAACUGCAAAACAAUGUCAAAUGUACACUAACAACACACAUCUCUGGAACAACACAACAUUUAGCAUCUGAACAGAAAAAUGAACAUUUCUCUUACUACACACAGUUUUCUCUGCGAGCGUGGUGACAAACGAGGUGGUUGUGCAUGUCUGUCGUUGCGCCCAUGUGUCGUAUUUUCAUCAGACACUUCUGCAAAGUCCUUAUCCAGCGUUGUCUUGUCCACACUAUAAAAGUAAAAGUGAGUCCACACUUUUGAUUUUAACAAUGCUUGCGUGUCUGUCUAUUCUUCGCCAGCAUAUUCCGCGUUAAUUUUGUUAAUUUUUUUCUUCUUCUUCUGUGGUUUCCGUCCAAUUUUCUGCCGCUGUUGCAAAGAGCUCCUCCUAGAUGACAUGUAAAAUGCUCACUGGACUCACUGAGAAGGAACAGUGAUACACGUUUAUAGCGGCUAUAUUGUAAUAAUAAAAAUAGUUUAAAAAAAACAUUCACAGCGAAAGUUAUCGAUAAUCCAUAGUAGGGUUUAAUAUUACGAUAGUUGGAUAUAUAUACUGUAGAUAUUUUGUCACAAUCCUAAUCUGGAGCGAAGCCGGCUCCGAGCAUGCAUUGGGGUAGCUCAGACCUCACGGGCCGCAUUUACCCUAUUCUUCCAUGUCAAGUUGCGGGCCGAGGGGUUUGAGGCCCCUGCCCCAGAGUGAGUACUGGAGAGUGCCCCCUCGGGGGAUUCCCUUGUUGUGCUGGGGGACUUCAACGCUCACGUUGGCAGUGACAGUGAGACCUGGAGAUGCCUGAUUGGGAGGAACGUUUCGAUUAACACUAAUGUUGCUAACACUAACAUACAGCUUAAACAAGCUACCGAAUGUAUAUGGCUGAUUCUCCUAAAAGGGACUAAAAGGGAUACCAGGGAAGGUGAAGAAAAAAAAAUUCACAGAAAAAGUCUCACCAUCAUAAAUUGGAAUAAAAAGAGUGAACAAUGUCAUUUUUCCAUGACUGUUUAUUAGGAUAUUGGCUUUUUUGCCGAUAACCGAUACCCCGAUAUUGUCCAACUCUGAAUUUCCGAUAUCAACUGAUACCGAUACCGACAUGUGUGACAUCAUCAUAAAGUAACAAUACUCUUUAAUGAGUACAGCUAUUUUGUUGGCUACUCCACACAUCUCUGAGUAGAUAAUUCAUGUAUUACACAUUUUAUAUAAGAAUACAUUUGUGUUGCUUGUGCCGAGGUUUAUGUUAUUUUUGGAAAGAUUUCAUUCAUUUUUAGUUAAAGGGGUAUUGUUUAAAAUACGUGGAUUAUUAUUGUGAUCGAUCGACUUUCAUGUUCUUAUUUUAUUCUUAUUUUAACAAAUAACUGUUUCCCAAGUAGAUUAGUGCACGUGUGAAUGUACAAACGACAGAAUGUCUCUGUAGAAAGGCACUUUAUGAAAGUAAAAACAUUUAUUUGUAUUCACUUGCCACAUCCAAUAUGACGGCAACGCUGACGUAAGGCUCAGCGCCCAAUGUGGCGUCUACGUGUAUGACAACAGCACUUCCGUUUUCCCAGCAUGCGUUGCUCUACUGUUGUUGCAAAUAGCUGCUAAGUUACAUGUUUAGAGCUCACAUAGUUGUUGAUUAGUCAGCAUUAUUUGUUGGUCGUGUCUUGUCUGUUGUUGUCUACCUAUUACGUUGCUGUGUGAUGUUUUUUUUUAGCUCUUUCUUUAAAGACACAGUGAGUAAGAAUGGUAUGUGGAAUGGUAUGAUUUGUAUGGAGCUGGCAAGUUUGUUGUGAGCUCUGUUGUUACUCUGCUUGCUAA